AUGGGGUAUGCAGGCAAGAUCACCACAUGUCGACAAGUUUUAAAAAGGGCCAUACGCAACUGCAGGGAUGUAAGUGCCUUUUUAUGUAAUCACUACGAUGUACAGCCCUCCAACAUAAAAGAAGCUACCGUAGACAUUUUAGGCUCCCCCAGCAUAUCAGUCUAUGAGAAGAGCCGGGCGUCGCGCCUGGCCGACUACGGGCCCACCGAUGCCGCCGAGCCCGGCUUCCCAGGCGGCGAGCCCAAGGCCGCCCUGGAGGCGCACGUCAGGGAGAAGUUCAACAGGAUGGUGGAGGCCGUGGACCAGACCAUCGAGAAGAAAAUCGAGAGGCUCACCCAGGAGCUAGCCCGCAAAACGGCCGAGCUGCUGGAGGUGCGAGCAGCUUUCGUGCAGCUCUCGCAGAAGAAGCAGGAGGUGCAGCGGCGGGAGCGUGCCCUGAGCAGGCAGGUGGAUGUCGCAGUGGAGAUGAUUGCAGCCCUCAAGCAGCGCCUCAGCGAGUCCGAGGAGGAGCUGCACAGGAAGGAGGAAGAAGUUGUUACUUUCAACCACUUCCUUGAAGAAGCAGCAGAGAAAGAAGUCCGAGGAAAAGCCAGGCUCCAGCACUUCAUUGAGAACCUAUUGCAGCGGGUGGACCUAGCAGAAAGGCAGCUAGAAUAUUACCAAAAUCAGCAGCUUGUGUGCCGCCACAACGAUGUUGACGAACCUGUGUUUACAGAAAUUUCAUUGCAUAAGAAACCCAGAUGCCUGAGCCGAGGAAGUCAAAACACUUCAUAUAACAUCCCUGACACAAAGCCUCAUUCCUUCCAGAAAGGAAGAAUCUUGUUGAAAAAAGUAAAGGAUGAAAAAAACAGCAUCCAGCCAGUCAAAUACUUCUAUGAACCUGUUGACUGCCCAAGAGAACUAUGGAGACCACAAAAGAAAGCUGAACUAGUCUGCUCUGCCAGAAAGGUGAUUGCAAAAUCUAAGAUGGGUAAAAAGGCCAAACCACUAUAGGGACAGUUAAUGACAUAUAUAAUAACACGGGAGGUUGGCUUCAACAGAGCAAAUACUGACUGAAGUUAAUCAUUGUGUUUUUUUCCUAUCCAUCUGGCCACACCAAAACAUAUCAAAUAUAUUAUAUA